AUGGAACUUUCGACGACACCCGGGGCAUCUAGCGCGAAAUCCGACGAAACCAUCAAAGUUCUGUCACUUAAUUGCUGGGGUUUAAAAUACAUAUCUCAGGACCGGACUCACCGCCUGCAAGCCAUCGCAGAGGAACUCUACAAGUCACAUUACGAUUUGGUAGCCUUACAAGAGGUUUGGGUCACUAGUGACUACCAGACGAUCCGUGUCAUAUUGUCAACAAUCCUUCCAUUUGCGAAAUUUUUCUAUACUGGCGCUCUGGGCUCUGGUUUGGCCAUAUUCUCCCGAUAUCCCAUACUUGAAACCCACACGCACCCCUAUGCACUGAAUGGUGCCCCAAUUGAUGUUGCGGCUGGUGAUUGGUUCGUGGGGAAGGCAGCAGUCAGUAUUGUGAUAUCACAUCCAAUGCUAAACCAGGUAGAAGUUUUUAACACUCACAUGUAUGCCAAAGGAGGAGACGAGGGCUCCGAAAUUCACCGAGCCCAUCGAAUCGUUGGUGCAUGGGAGCUCACGAAAUGGGUUCGUCUGUCUGCAGCACUUGGGAGACAUGUUAUUGUUGUUGGUGAUUUUAAUGAUGUUCCUGCCUCCCUCGCAAUCACGCUAAUACGAGAUCACGCGUGCCUGACGGACGCGUGGACCGCAACUCAUUCUUGCGGCCUAUCUCCCCCCGCUGGCUCCGCCCUUUCCGCAGAGCAUGCAAUCCAGGAAUUCGGAGUCACAGCUGACUCACCUCUGAAUACAUAUACUGCCAACAAAACUCUGGACCCCUCAGCUAAGCGGUGGCAGGGCAAGCGACUUGAUUACGUCUUCUACCGUGGGCCAUUGAGGACGACGGGAAACACGUCCAUUCUCGUGAAUGACCGCAUUCGGUUCAUCAAUGGGCAUUCUGAUGAUGAUCAAAUCUCACCGCAUAUUGAUCCGGUGUUGCAUUGCGUUGCAUCGAGGGUCGUCUUGACAUCACAGGUCCCUGGCCAUCGUUUCUCUUUUUCAGACCAUUUUGGCGUAGAAGCGAUUCUUAAAGUUCGAUCAUCACCCGCCGCAUCAUCGUUUAUCCCGCAUCUCCCAGCGGCUCCACCUGUUUGGGGUCCCAAAUCGGCGGCGCCAAGUUCACAGCCGUAUCAUGAUGUUCUUCCGGCUCCUAUAGCUGCCGAUCCUCCAGAACCCAGCUCCCCGGAAGGUGGCCAUAUGUCACAACACACACUCAAUCGUAUUCUUCAAAACCUUACAGCCGCUUAUCGUUUGUCACAACUUAACUCAAAACGCCAUCUGGGGGUAUUUGUUUUGUGCGUAGUGGGGGAAAUUGUCCUUAUUGUCGGUUCAGCCUGGCAACCCCUAAAUGCCGUGAACCCCCUGAUUGUUUUAACGGGGUGCAUACUUGCGUGGCUGGGCACGACUAUGCUUUACUGCGGUUUCAUCUUCGGGAAAUGGGAAAUCAACGCGCUAAUGACUGUCAUCGAAGAGUUGGAACUAUUUAAGGGACGCUUAGAGAAUGAGUAA